CCUGUUGAGUGUAGCGUAUGACUCAUCUAAUUACUUUAUGAUUAUUUACGUAUUUAGAAGCUAGAACACUUGAAAAGAACUGGAAUAAAACAUUGACAAGAAAAAUAUAAAAAAUGAGUUUACAACCAGAGGAACAACUAAACGAGGGAGAAGAUGUAGAUCAAGAUGUCAUUGGGAAGUAUGAAGGGAUGCGAAAUCAAGACAAUCAGAGACACGGUCUGGGGUGCGCUCUGCUGCCCAAUGGAGACAUGUACGACGGCCAGUACAUUGGAAAGCGGCAUGGCAGAGGAAUCUAUAUUUUUCGAAACGGAGCCCGCUAUCACGGCACUUAUCGCCAGGGCAUGAAGCAUGGCAUUGGCAAAUUUAUUUACCCCGAUGGGUCAACUUAUGAAGGUGAAUGGAAGAAGGACGACAAGCACGGCUAUGGUUUGUACAAGUACCCCAAUGGUGACUACUAUGAAGGUUCCUGGUACAAGGGUAAACGACACGGUCACGGCUCCUAUCUUCACAAGAAAGAUGGCGUCAAAUACAGGGUAUUGGUGGAGGGCAAGCGGCAGGGAACUGCGCAAGUCCACUAUGCUAAGUUCCGUCAUCAUGGCACUUGGAAGGAUAAUCGGCCCAUAGGUGAAGGCUGCUUCACGUUUGACACGAAAGCCAUCCAGCUAGGUCACCACCUCUACAUCGACGAAAAAAACACAAGAACUUUGUCUCCGACGAAGACGGAUGGCCGGCAGAAAAUGAUGAGGAAGAAGGAAAGGAAGAAGCGAGAGAAAAAGUCAAGGAAGAAGCUACAAAAGAUCGAAAGCGAGAUGGAGAGAAAGACACCGUCAGAUGACAUCCCAGCAGGUGAAGCCGGGUUUGACGAUGACAGCGAUGAAGUGUCCAAUGUGGAUUUGUUGCCGGGUGAUGAUGACGACGACUUUGACUAUGGGGGAUAUGACAUUCCUGAGUAUCUAAACUAUUUCUUGGAUGAGAAGCUGAGAGCGCAGAUCGAGUUCAACAGGGAGAGCACUGAUGUCUAUGAUGAGACGAAGGGACGCCAAGGCUCGAAACAGCUGUCUGAGUUGGAUAAGAUGCGCAAUAUUAUUUGCGGCAAUGACGAAUUACAAGAUACUGAAGAAGAUGUAAAUCAAUAUGAAUCAAGAAAGUCAAGAGAAUCAAAAAGAGCGAGUAUUAAUACAUAAUAA